UGCCUGCCGCCGGGUGUUAGGACGAAGAAAGUCGCUCGCGGACAGUUUCCAUCGGACGGAGGCGCCAGCGGAGGCUGAGUCUGGGACUCUGGGCUGAGCCCAAGUCUGGGCAAAGCAGAGCCGAGCAAAGCAGACUAGGAUGAGUGGGAAAGAGCCGCUCCUGGGCGCUCUGAAAGUGUGCAUUCUCAAUUUUCAGGAAAGCAAUAGUCCUUAUACAGAUACCUGUCCUCAUUUACAGUCCUUUUGUGAAAUCCUGGAAAUGAUUCUUCGGAAAGGAUUAAAACAGCCAGUUCUGGGAUUCAAGAGGAAGGACUAUUGGCACUGGCUAGAGCAGCUUCCACAGCAGGAAACCCAUCACAGUAGGACCCUUCUGUCCAUGAUGAUUGAGAAAACGAGUUCCUGUGAGAAGGUGUUGACAGCUCAAGGAAGAGGGCGGUACUUCCUGCGUCUGGCUUUGAAUGGGAAGUUAUUAGCAGUUGCUGUUCAGCAGCUCAUCAAAACUCCCAGGCUGCUUGAGUGCUAUGAUCCAAUAACAUCUAUCCUGAGCAAUGAAGAAUUUUCAGAGCCUUUCUUUUCCAUGAUGUUGGUGGUUACAGAAAUGAAUUUCUUCUUAGAUUUGCAGAAUUCCAGUUUCUUGGAUGAAAGCUGGCAACUUCCAGUAUGCCAGACUUAUGAGACUGUCCCUUGCCGGGAAUUGGGAAUGGUGUUGAGGUAUUUAGAUGGACGGGUUUUCAUAAUAGAAGUGCUUCCAAAGAGCCAGGCAGAGGUGGAUGAGGUAGUACUAGUUGGAGAUGUCAUUGACGAGAUAAAUGGAUCUUCACUGAGGAAUGCGUGCAAUGGACAGGCUGGUUCAGUACUGCAGAAGCUGAAAGGCAAACCACUAAACUUUCGCCUAAUCCGAUGGAAAUGGCACGAUGGAGGAAUGUUCAAGCCAUUGUUGCCCUAUCUAAAAGUUCUCAGAGAAAAAAUCCCCAGCUUCCAGCUCCAACAUGAACACAAACCUAAAGAAGAGAAUGAGGAGCGAAGUUUGCAAGGAGGCAGACUCUUGUACAAUCUGCGGUACUUAGGCCAGGCCAAUGUAGGAAAGUAUGGAGGCAAAGACAUAUUAGACGUAGGCAUACCCACUGUGUUAGAUAAGCAUUUACCACAGCAGGAAAUUUUAUUCGAUGUCAAAGAAACCGAAGUAAUUGUUCAACACAAAACGACUUCAAAGGUUCUUUUCAGUUAUUCUUACACAGACAUUUCCUGUGUGGGACGCCUUCUGGAUAGCCACAAUCUCUUUGCUUUCUGUAGCUUAACUUCACCUGACUCUCCAGAAGAUAGCACUUUUGAUUGCCUAGUUUUUGAAACAAAUUCCGAAGAGGAAAGUGAGGAAAUCAUAAAACGGAUUGCUGCUGGAUUUAAACAUACAGAGUGGUUUGUCUGACAGAUGUGAUGUCCUGCCGCCUCAUUAGCCUGCUAAAGUCUAAUAUCAAUCAGUGAUAUCUUGAUGGGUCAACUCUUGGAUUACGGAGUCACUUGGUACAGAUUAACAUUCUGUCCAGAUAAAAUUGUUCUAGAUAAAUCAAACAGAAGACUCAACUGCUUUUUCAAAUGUUUACAUUGACAAUUUUCAAAAUGGAAUAAAAUCAAGCUGAAGCAAUA